AUGCCUCCAGAUUGGGCCCAGAUUGGGUUGCCUUGCUUCCCGCUUGCUACCAAACGUGCUGCCGACCGGCUGCUGUCUCUCGGAACCCAAGAGGCGAAGCAGAAGCAGAGCAGAGCAGGGUAUGGAGUGCAUUCGUUCAUGUCUGAUGAGUCAAGCCCCGGCACGGAUAUCAGCGACAUGGUUGGGCAAUGGUCAGACUGUCCUCGGUGCUCCCAAAGAAAUCUCCAAGGCAGCAGCAGCAUGAGCAAGAGAGUCUGUACAACAUCGCCGAGGUCCUCGACAACGCCCAGCCCUACAGGACCACGAGGGCCAUCUCGAAUUGUGGCCUUCUUCCGACUCCGUUCCAUUAUUAACUUGCGUGCUUUGCCCACAGUGGGAUUGGAUUUUCGCCUAAUCCAGCCCAAGGACGUGGACGGUGGAGAGGAGCCGUGA